AUGGAAGCGGUGCAAGUGGUGCAGGUGGAAAGUCAGUCGCAAACGGAGGAGGAAAGAGGUGUGAAACGGAAGGUGGAGGGCAACCAGGGUUGCCAGGCUGGGCUGAUUCACAAGGGAGUGCUACUGAAGGCUCCGGGAGAGGGGGUCCUCCAGCGCCUGCAGAUCAGCGACGCGGACGUGGAACUGCUACUGGACGUCGAGCAUUUCAUUCAGUUCCUCUUCUCUCCCAACGAGGCAUCGGGAGCAGCCCGGGGUAUCAGUCCCGAGCCAAAGAAGCUUCCCGACGAGGUCCUGAUCCGAGAUCGGGUGCCACACAAGACGCUUUCGGCAGGUAACUUCCCCAAGCUGGGUGACCUUCCACCAGAUUCGGACCUUGACGACGAUGAGUUUGAGAGACGCUCCUACCCAGCCUCCGUGGCAGAGACGGAGCCUGCAGUGGCGGACGCCCUGGAGGGUAGCAGCGAUGUGGAGGAGCUGGAAGAGCCGGCCAUGCUUGAGCGAAGAGGAGGAGUGUCUGCUCUGCCGACUGGUGCCUUCAAUGUGCGCUUUGCCAAUUGGACCAGCCCCUACUUCGAGAAAGAGAAAGCGCAUCAAGACUUUCUCUUCAAGUCCUUGUCGCACUGCCCUCUCUUCCAGGAGUUGGAGCACGACAUCCUCCGGGCGAUUGUCGACACCAUGGAAAUCGAAAAGUUCGAGCAAGGGGAUGCUAUUUACGAGAAGAACAACGUGGGCCGCAGCGGCUAUCUCCUCAUCUCUGGCGUUGCUACGGCAGAGACAGAUGCCGAAGACCCCUUCACCCUGCUCCGGCGUUCCUCCAAGAAGGAGGUCAACAUCUUCGAGGGCACCUUUUUCGGAGAGCACACCAUGCUUUUCGGCUUCCGCAGGCGUAUGACGGUGCGUGCAGUGCAGCCCACCGUGGUCGGAAAGCUUAAGCGGGACGUGUACUACAACGUUGUCACCCGCUCGGCAAUGCACGAGCGAAGCGUGCGUGAGAAGUAUCUCCGCACGGGCGUGCCAAUGUUCGAGACGUUCGAUGAUGAGCUUAUCGCUCGGAUCGCGGACAUCAUGGAGAAGCGGACCUUCAAGCGCGGGGAGGUCAUCGUAAAGCAGGGAGAUGUGGGUGCAGAGUUCUUCAUGGUCCUUCGUGGCCAAUGCGAGGCAAGCAUCCGCGUGGCCAAGGUUGGCUCAGAAGGCUUCGAUGAGCACGUCGUGCGCACGUACUCACAGGGCGAACGCUUCGGUGAGCUCGCUUUCAUCAACCGCACACCUAGGGCAGCUACCGUCACAGCGGCCACCCAAGUGCAGCUACUGAGCCUGGACAGGGACAACUUCGAGCGUGUCGUCGGUUCCCUGGACAUCAAGCAGAAGGAGAACUAUGCUUCGGAUCCCAGGAAGGCAUUGGCCGACUUCUACGGCAUCGGAGGCCUCAACGGUCCUCGUGGCGUUGACACCGAGAGCCCGGAGGGACAAUCUGCUUGGUUUGCAGUCUACCGACCCACCAGCCGGGAUGCGCUGGCAAAGAUGCUGAAUCAGACAGCCGUGGGCAAAGGCUUGAACGUGAAGGGGAAGUCCGCCAAGCGGAAUCAUCUCUCGGGCUUCGUGCCCUUCCUUCAGAUCAGUGAGGAGAGGCACAAGACGCGGCUUCAUCCUCCACCCGCGAACUCGCGGGCCACGAUCUAUUACCAGAACAAGGAGGCUCAACACCUGGCUCUGCUGCAGCUGGAGCGGGUGGAGAAGACCUUGCAGGAGCGAGGUGAGACCGCGCCUUUUCAUCCGAUCCGCAAGGACGAGUCCUACUCGACGGUCUUCGGAAUCAACCUCCCCGAAGAGGUCCUCCGAGAGGCUUACAUCCUGCAGCCGGAUAUUACCUUCCAGGCUGGCUGGGAAACCGGCCGAGCUUCGGAGCCGGCGUUUAUGGAGAUGAACCUCCACGCUGUUCGCAGCAACGGUCGCCCGAAGGUUGUCCUUUAUCAGUAUGACCUCACGAAUCCCAUGAACCCGCAUGGACUCCUCAUCGCCUAUGCGGAGUCCAUGGUGAAGCCCGUGGUUUCCGAUUUCGAUACCUUCACGGUUGGCAGCCGUGGCAUGCGAUACGAAAAAAUCGCUGCCGACCAGAGCGACCUCAUGGCUUGGACACUGGACAACACCAGGCGCAUCCUCGAGGAUCCAAAUGCCCUUUCCUGGAACUCGCGAUGGCUCGAAAUCCUGGAGAAGGCCGACGCAGAAGGUUUUCAUCCGUACAUUCCGGAGUUCGGCUUCGGUGAUCCCACAUCCUAUCGACUAAUUACGGAGGUGAUUGAAGCAACAAAGUUCAGCGGCGCCGUCCGUCAUGGGGCCGAGUGCUUCAAUUUCUACUUCCCCCAGGAGUUGGAUUCGGAGUAUCUCAUUAUCUGGGAUGGCUUCGAUGGCAAGCCUUGGGCAUAUCGUGAUGCUUCAGGCCUGCGAGAGUUUCUGCUGGAACGCAUCACCGAAGGGUACAGCUUCCCGAUGAAUCCGGUUUGGCCCAUCCGGGAUGAGGGCUGGUUUGACGUUUACGACGCGCUGCGAAAAAGUCCGCAUGCGCGGCUGGCCAGCAGAGGGAUUAGGGUUUAUAGUGUUUAG